AUGACUCUCCGAGAUAUAGCUUCAUUGAAUAUAACUGAACAAGAACAUGAUCUCAUUACAGAAUCGUCUAAGAAUAGAUCUGGCAAAGUGAGGGUGAAGAAGCAUCAUUUGCCAACUGAAUCGAAGGAGAGGGUACAAAAUGAUCAGGUAGGAGAUAACCAAGUUAUUCCUAUGGACACUACUAGUGAUACUAGUGUCCCCAGUCAUGUAGGUUCUCAUUCUCGUAAGCGCAGACAUCGCUCAAAACAUCAUAAGAUCAGUUAUGCAGACAGUGAUAGUGAUACAUGUGAUCCCCAUUCUGCACAAACCACUAAACGCAGAAAACGGCCAAGACAUCAUAAAAAGAGACAGGGUCAUGGGAGUACUAGUAAUGUGACUGGUGAAAGAGACAAUGAGACAAUUGAGACUGAGGAGAACCAGAGUGGUAAUGGUAUUGAGAACCUAGUUGGUGAUCACAAUAAGGACCAGGGUGAUGGCAAUGAGGAUCAGGGUGGUGGCAAUGAAAACCAGGAUGGUGAUCACAAUAAGGACCAGGGUGAUGGCAAUAAAAAUCAGCAUGGUGAUGGCAAUAAGGAUCAGGGUGAUGGCAAUGAAAACCAGGAUGGUAAUGGCAAUGAGGACCAGGGUGAUGACAAUGAGGACCAGGGUGAUGACAAUGAAGAUCAGGAUGAUGGCAAUGAAAACCAGGAUGGUGAUGGCAAUGAUCAGAGUGAUGGCAAUGAAGAUCAGGAUGAUGGCAAUGAAAACCAGGAUGGUGAUGGCAAUGAAAACCAGGAUGGUGAUGGCAAUGAAGAUCAGUAUGAUGGUAAUGAAAACCAGGAUGGUGAUGGUAAUGAAAACCAGGAUGGUGAUGGUAAUGAAAAUGAGGAUGGUGAUGGCAAUGAUCAAGGUGAUGGCAAUGACGAUCAGGAUGAUGGAAAUGAUGAUGGCAGAGAGAAUCAGGGUGGUGAUGAAAGUGACCUUUAUAGUAGUGAUGAUGAUGGUGAAAAUGGGGUAGUACCUCCUAAUCUUGACAGUGGCAUGGACACUACAUCAGGUGAAGAGAUGGACUCUGAUGAUGAUGACAGGAACAGCACACAUCAUCGCAUUCAUGCUCACACACAAAUAGAAACAACCUGGCCAAGUGACUCAGAGUAUAUUGAACCUACAUGUGUUUCUAAUGAUGAAGAUGAUGACAAUGUUGCUGAUAGUGAUGGUUGGACUCCGACACUCCGAAGACAUGUUGUUGAAGAGUUCACAGGUGAACAUCCUGGUCCCAAUGUGAACAAAGCAGACAUACCUACACCAAUAAGUGCUUUUGAAAAAAUAUUUCCUAAAUCGCUUGUGACAAAACUCAGAAGAGAGACUAAUGCUUAUGCAAAAUAUAUAAAAAGAAACAAAGGAGCGGACAAGUACUGGGCUAAAAUCAAAGAUGAUGAUGAGAUGGCAGCAUUUCUAGGCAUCAUGAUAAUUAUGGGAGUUGAUCCAAAGGGGGAACUGAAUGACUAUUGGUCAACAAAUACUGCUUUAAGAAAUGAAAAAAUUUCAGGUGUAAUGAGCCGUAAUAGGUUUCAAAAAAUAUUGCAAUAUUUUCAUGUCAAUGAUGCAAGAAAUGAUCCAGCUAAUAUAAGUAAUCCUGCUGAGAGAGCUACAGAGACAUAG